AUGCUUCCCACCUCCUUCUCCAUCAUCCCUCCGACCGAGGACCAACCUGCCCUCCUCUGCAUCGAGGUGAACGGGCACAAGACCUUCCUCCCGUGGCUUGUUCGCCUUGACGACGGAGACGAGGUCACCGUGGCCGAGUUUGAGCCGGCCAUGACGGCGGCAGUAAGCUGGGCAGAAGAGGCGGCGGGCAUUCGUGAGGCGUGUAAGCCGCUUGAGGGCGGCAAGUGGAUCGUCCUCGACACGCACAAGACCCUCCUCGCCCGCUCACUCCGCCAUGCGGAGGUCGAGAUCCAGAUCAUCACCAACGGCCUCGAGCACAUCACUGAGGCGCACUACGCCCAGUUCUGGCGUCUCAUCCCCAACUCGCUUACCAUGUGGGCGAUGUACACCAAGCUCGCCAAGAUGUUGUCCACGGUGCGCUUCCUCCAGGCCCACCUCGCCACUCCCUGUGACAAGGACUACGAGGAGGAGCUCGCGAAGAUGUGCGUCCCCUGGCCCAUCACCCACACCAAACUCGGAUACUGGGCCGCCCUGCGCUUCGAUGCCGCCGGCGCGACGACCAAGAUGGCCGAGCUCAUCGAGUCUGUCGGAGAGAAGGUGGAGGUUCUCGCUGCGGACGUCCUCCAGGUCUGCGCACCCGCCCUGCUCAAGUAG